GUUGUCAGCAAAUCUGACAUAAACCAGAUGACAGCAGAAAAUAUAGCCAUUGUGUUUGGCCCAAACAUUGCGUGGCCCAAAGGACACGUGAACCUGAUCACCGUGGAACACUCCGUCAGGCUCACUCUCAUCCUGGUGAAACAUUUUGAUGAGGUUUUUGUCAGAUGA